CCCGCCCGGCGCCUUCCUCGGAGUUCUGGGAGACCAGCGGCCGAGAGGCGUGGGCGCAGGGCACGGAGCCCCCGACUGCGCGGCCCGGCCCGAAUGCCCUCGGCCCCCGGCCACUGCGGCCAGGAGCAGCCCCGCGCCCCGCCGCAUCCAGGCCGCCCCCGCUACGCACCCCAGGACCCCCUGUACCCCCGAGGCCUUCGCCGCCCCCUCUGUACCCCCGAGCUCUCUGCGCCACUGCUGCGCCCAUAGCCUCCGCAGUGUCCAGCGGCACCCCUCUGUGCCCCUGAACCGCCUCUGUGUCCACCCGCACCCCCUCUGCGUCCCUGCACCCCCUCUGGGUCCACUCGCACCCCCUCUGCAACCCUGAACCCCCGCUGUGUCCACCCGCACCCCCUCUGCAACCCUGAGCCCCCUCUGUGUCCACCCGCACCCCCUCUGUGCCCCUGAACCCCGUUGUGUCCACCCGCACCCCCUCUGCAACCCUGAACCCCCUCUGUGUCCAGCUGCGCCCCGACCCCCCUCGGUGUGCAGCCACACCCCUCCCCGCCGCCCAGAACCCCCGCCGUGUGCAGCCGCACCCCCUCUGCACCCCGGCUGCUCCGCAGCAGAGCACCCCAGGCCCGCGCCGGCCACUCCCUGCACCCCUGCCGCAGGGCCGUGGACCCCAGCCCCUCCCCGGUCCGGCCAUGCCUGUGGCCGCCGCCUGGCCGCUGCUGCUGGCCGCCGCGCUGGGGCUCGGGGCGCGUGGGGCGCGGGGCGCGGUGGCCCUGGCCGACUUCUACCCCUUCGGCGCCGAGCAGGGCGACGCCGUGACUCCCCGGCAGGACGACGGCGGCUCGGGGCUGCGGCCGCUGUCUCAGCCCUUCCCGUUCUUCGGCGCCCAACACACCGGACUCUACGUGAACAACAAUGGCAUCGUCUCCUUCCUGAAGGAGGUCUCCCAGUUCACGCCGGCCGCCUUCCCCAUCGCCAAGGACCGUUGUGUGGUGGCCGCCUUCUGGGCAGACGUGGACAACCGGCGGGCAGGCGACGUCUUCUACCGGGAGGCGGUGGACCCCAGCACGCUGAGCAGGGCCAGCUCCGAUGUGCGCCGCUACUUUCCCGAGCUCCCCGACUUCUCCGCCACCUGGGUCUUCGUAGCCACCUGGUACCGCGUGACCUUCUUCGGAGGCAGCUCAUCCUCACCUGUGAACACGUUCCAGACGGUGCUGAUCACGGACGGCAAGCUGUCCUUCACCAUCUUCAACUAUGAGUCCAUCACAUGGACCACGGGCACGCAUGCCAGCAGUGGGGGCAACUCCUCGGGCCUGGGGGGCAUUGCAGCCCAGGCCGGCUUCAACGCGGGCGAUGGGCAGCGGUUCUUCAGCAUCCCCGGCUCGCGCACAGCGGACAUGGCCGAGGUGGAGGCCACCACCAACGUGGGCGAGCCGGGCCGCUGGGCAUUUCGAAUCGAUGACGCCCAGGUGCGCGUGGGGGGCUGCGGCCAAACAACCUCCGUGUGCCUGACCCUGCGACCCUGCCUCAACGGGGGUGCAUGCAUCGAGGACUGCGUCACAGGAAACCCCUCCUACACCUGCUCCUGCCCCGCGGGCUUCACCGGGAGAAGAUGCCACCUGGAGCUGGACCAGUGUACCUCGAACCCCUGUCAGAAUGGCGGCACCUGUUCCCAUGGUGACCACAGCUUCAGCUGCCAGUGCCCCAUGGGUUUUGGGGGUCCCACCUGCGAGACAGACGUGGACGAGUGUGGCUCCAGCCCCUGCUUGAACAGGGGCUCCUGUGUAGAUGGUGUGGGGGGCUUCACCUGCCUGUGCGCCCCGCCCUUCGAGGGACCCCGCUGCGAGUCAGGAAGCCCCCAGCAGCCCGAUGCCUGCCUCUCAGCCCCCUGCCAGAAUGGGGGGACCUGUGUCCCUACAGACAGCGGCAGCUACCUGUGCGAGUGCCCUGAGGGCGUCUCGGGCCCCGACUGCAGGGACACAGGACCCCCGGAGUCAUGCGCGUGCCAGAAUGGCGGCCACUGCCCGGGGGCAAACUCCACCGCCUGCCAGUGUCCCCCUGGCUUCUUUGGGCUCCUCUGCGAGUUUGAGGUCACGGCCACGCCCUGCAACAUGAACGCCCAGUGCCCAGACGGCGGCUACUGCAUGGAGUACGGCGGCAGCUACCUCUGCGUGUGCCACACGGGCCAUGGUGCCAGCCAGCGACCCUCUCUGCCCCCAGCAUCCACCUCGCCCUGCGACUCAGACCCCUGCAUCAAUGGAGGCUCCUGCGACGCCCAGAAUGACACCUACACGUGCCAGUGCCCUCACAGCUUCCACGGGCAGCACUGCGAGAAAGCCCGGCCACGCCCAUGCAGCUCAGGACCCUGUCGCAACGGGGGCACUUGUGAGGAGGCAGCCGGUGGCUACCGCUGCAGCUGCCCAUACCGCUUCACUGGGAGGCACUGCGAGAUUGGGAAGCCAGACUCCUGCGCCUCGGGGCCCUGUCACAACGGAGGCACCUGCUUCCACUACAUUGGGAAGUACAAGUGUGACUGUCCCCCUGGCUUCUCUGGACGGCACUGCGAGAUCGCUCCCUCCCCCUGUUUCCGGAGCCCGUGUGCCAACGGGGGCACCUGUGAGGACCUAAGCACAGAUUUCUCCUGCCACUGCCCAGCGGGGUUCACUGGGCGCCGUUGCCAGGCUGAGCUGGACUGCGGGCCCCCGGAGGCGGUGGAGCACGCCUCGCUGCGCUUCAACGGCACGGGGCCCGGCGCGGUGGCCCUGUACACGUGCUACCGCGGCUACAGCCUGCGUGGCCGGGACGCCGGACAGCGACACGCCCGGGUCUGCCAGCCCCAGGGCCAGUGGAGCGCCGCGCCCCAGUGCCACGAGGUGGACGAGUGCCUGUCACAGCCCUGCCUGCAUGGGGGGUCCUGCCUGGACCGCGUGGCCGGCUUCCUGUGUGUCUGCAGCACUGGCCACGAGGGCGCCCGCUGUGAGCGGGAGACAGACCUGUGCCAGGCUCAGCCGUGCAGAAACGGGGGGUCGUGCAGGGCCCUCCCGGGGGCCUUUGUCUGCCAGUGCCCUGACCACUUCACGGGGGCCCAGUGCGAGACAGAGCUGGACGCCUGUCGCUGCAGCCCCUGCCAGCACGGCGGCCGGUGUGAGGCCGGCGGGGGGACCUACCUGUGUGUCUGCCCUGAGGGCUUCUUUGGCUACCACUGUGAGACCGUGAGUGACCCCUGCUUCUCCAGCCCGUGUGGGGCCCGCGGCUACUGCCUGGCCAGCAACGGGUCCCACAGCUGCACCUGCAAAGUGGGCUACACCGGCCGGGACUGCACCACAGAGCUGUCCCCACCGACCGGCCUGGAGGUUCAGCGGGCGGAGGAGAGCGGACUGUCCAUCUCCUGGCAUGCCCCCGCAGGCCCGGCGGGGCAGGCGCUGGAUGGCUACGCGGUCACCUACGCCUCAGCGGACGGCGGGGCCAGGCGCACGGACUUCGUGGAGCGGGGCCGCUCUUCCCACCAGCUGCGGGCCCUGGCGGCUGGCCGCACCUACAACGUCUCGGUGGUCUCCGUCAAGCGCAACGCCAACAGGAAUGACAUCAGCCGUCCCGCCGUGCUGCUGGCCCGCACACGACCCCACCCAGUGGAGGGCCUGGAGGUGACCAACGUGACGGCCAGCACGGUCUCGGUGAGGUGGGCCCUGCACAAGAUCCACCAUGCCUCCGUGGGCGGUGUCCGCCUCUCCAUUCGCCAGCCCGAGGCCCAGGAGGAUCAGGCCGCCGACGUGGGCAGGGGCGUGGACACGUUCACGUUCCGGGCCCUGCUGCCGGGACGCAGGCACACCAUCUGGGUGACCGCCCUCAGUGGGCUGGGGGGCGCGGCCCCCCCCACCGAGAGCCUGGCCUCCAGGCCACUGCACGUGUGGACCCGGCCCCUGCCCCCCGGAAACCUGACGGCCACCCGUGUCACGGCCACCUCGGCCCACGUGGUCUGGGACCCGCCCCCACCCGGUGCCCCCCUGGAGGCCUACGUCAUCAACGUGACCAGCGGCCAGAGCUCCAAGAGCCGCUACGUGCCCAACGGGCGCCUGGCCGCCUACACCGUGCGUGACCUGCUGCCCGCACGGCGUUACCAGCUCUCGGUCACGGCCGUGCAGAGUGCCGGGGACCAGCUGCAGCACAGCGAGCCCGCACACCUGUACAUUAUCACCUCCCCAAAGGACACCCCUGACCGCCGCUGGCACCGCGAUGGGCUGCACCCACGGGUGCUCAGGAACAGACCCCCGCCCGCUCGCCUGCCCGAGCUGCGUCUGCUCAAGGACCGCAGUGUCCCUGACCCGCCCACCCGGGCCCCCAGGUUCUCGGAGCUGAUGGACGGCCGGGGGCGUGUGAGCUCCAGGCUCAGGGACCCGCCCAGCCAGCCGGUCACCUCGGCGCCCCAACCCGUGGCCCCCAUUCCACUCGGGAACCCCGAGGAGGCCCCCCAGGAGCUUCGCCAGGCCCUGCAGCUCCCUGGACCCGGCAGUGAUGGGGACCCUGAGAAGGCUCCCGGGCGCUGCACCUGUGAGAACGGAGGCACCUGUAUGCCCGGGUCCGGCCCAGAUGCUGCUCCCAGCUGUGACUGCAGCCCAGGGUUCAAGGGGAGGCGAUGCGAACUGGCCUGUAAGAAGGUGCCUCAGCCCUGCACGCGGCUCUUCUCAGAGACCAAGUCCUUCCCCGUCUGGGAGGGAGGCGUCUGCCACCACGUGUACAAGCGGGUCUACAAGGUUCACCAGGACACCUGCUUCAAGGAGAGCUGCGAGCGCGGAGCUGGGGGCAGCAAGACGCCUCAAGGGAAGCCGCGUCACAGCCCCGCACCAAGGAAGUCUUAAGGUGCGCUCCCCACCCGCUGGCCAUGGGCUCCAGGAGCUGGGACCCCACUCCUUCCCGUCCUGUCCCACCCCGGGACCCCUGGAGGGGUGUGGAGCAGGAGUCCCAGGCCCGUGGUGACAGUGGACUGACCAAGCAGUGAGCAAAGGUCGUGACCUCAGGGCAGCCCAAGGCUCCCACCGGCUGAGACAUCCGACCAGUGCCUUCCUAGCCCCAGCCCCACCUUCCCCGAACUCUUCUGCCAAUACCCCUGCACAACGCCCCAAAUUGCCACAACAGCUGGAGGCGCUGGGAACACUCAUUCUUCCUGGGAGGCCCACCCACUCCAAUCACGUUCUUGACAGCUUGAGGUCCUGGGUGCAAGAGUCCACAUCGCAGAACAGGCACCCAGGACCCAGGCUCCAUGUGGGUCGUGGAGGAUAGAAGGUGGGGUCUGGGGGACGGGGGCUGCUCUGACAGGGUGAGAUGUCCCUCCGCUCACUAAGGACAGAGGAGGGGUCAGUCCCCACGCCUCUGGGACUCACAGGUCACUCACUGCCCGCUGAGGACCAUGUGGGAGGUCGCGACUCGAAGGGCGUGGCCGGGGACACUGGAACCGUGUAGCCGGGGGGGGGGGGGGGGGGCAGCCCCGAGCACCCUGCUGACCAGGUCCAGCCCACGUGUCCACCUUUAAGGAGGCACCCCGCUGCCCAGCAGCCCCAGCACGGGCAGCUUGUCCCCAUCUCAUCCCCACAUGGCCAGGGGAGAGGCCCAGAGCAGCUCCUGUCCCAAGGCCAGGCCCCUGCCACCCACUUCCGGGACCUAGACCAGGUCCACCGGUGGCACGGGGGCGCCCACCAUGCACCAGAUGGCACAGCCAAUGCCCAGAGGCCUCAUCCCAUGAGUGCUGUCCACACCUCAGAGGGCGGGGGAGGAUAGGAAGGCCUGCCAGGAGGGAGCGGGAAGGCAGGCCAGGUUUCCUGCCUCUCUUCUGGCAGGCUGGGCGGUGGCCCGAUGCCCAGCAGCCCCAGGAGGGCAGGAGCUCUGCCGUCUGCAGGCCCCGGCUCAGUGGCCACUGUGCAACCCUGGUGUCAAUUUUGCCAGUGUGGCUGCCAGGCUCCAGCCAGCUGCAGUGUCCCUGGACAGGUCACACCAAGGCCCCAGAGCCGACCCUCUGGUCCUGGGGUGAUACUGGCCAAGCCCAGCCUAAGCCGAGGACGCGUCCACCCACAGCCCAGAUCCCCCCCAAAGGCCAGUGUGUGGAGGCGGACAGGACAGCCUCACAGAGACGUCACCGGACCCCAGCUGCCAAGCUCCGUCUCCACAUGCCCACCUGCAGCCCCCUAUCCCGCCACCGUCCCCGCCACGCUACUGAGUGUGGCCCUGGGCCCACGGGGACUCGGCCGCCCCCACAAGCACGCUGGCCUUCUGUGCAGUCCCUCGAGUCAGAGUACCUUCUGGGCUUCCUGUUUUUAUUAAAGCUUCACGUGCACAA